AUGAAAAGACGUUCCGAUAGCUCAACGCCCGUAAAGCCAACGCCGUCGGCCGAACGUCGCUCGUCCGCCCCGGAAAAUCAGCCUUCCUCUUCGGGAGACCACAGACCCUCCAGCUUUACGCUAUGGAAACUGCUUCUUGCUGAACUCAACACAUCCAAAGACGAUCAACCGUCCAAGUCUCAGAGUUCGGAUUCGGACGACCCGUCAGUCAAUUCGGAACUGCUCGUCAACUUUGUCAAAUUGCCAGUUCAUUUGGAGAAGUUUAUGUGUUUCGGACUGGUUUACUGUUUGAUUGUGUUUCUAAAACAAAUAACAGUGGUUCCAUUGAGAUCGGCAUUACAUUCAUACAAUCUCAUCAGGUCCUCGUUCACAAACAACAAGACCUUCAAAUACUACUCUACAAGAACGAAAAACGACUUUGUGUCCAUGAUCCUCAUUAUCUCCAGUCUCAUGUUGCUUAAGAACCUCGACUCAAGCAAAAUAUAUCACAACAUUCGUGCCGGAACAGCAGUCAAACUAUACUUUAUGGUGGGAGUCCUGGAAAUUGCAGACAGACUCCUAAGUGCCGUGGGCCAAGACAUUCUCAAAGUUGUCUAUUUUGUGCCUAUCUUCCCCACCACGGAACUGAAAACCCCAAUGAAAUUCCUUGCAAUUACAGCAGUGAGCGUCUGCUAUCUCACUUUACACUCCUACGUCUUGGCUUACCAGGUGAUGGCGCUGAACGUGGCCAUCAAUUCGUACUCGAACGCGCUUCUGACAUUAAUACUGUCCAACCAAUUUGCAGAGCUGAAAAGUUCUGUUUUCAAGAGAUCAGAAAGAGAAGGCCUGUUCCAGGUUUCUUGCGCCGACCUCAACGAGAGAUUCCAAAUGCUGGUGAUGCUGUUUAUCAUCUCGUCGAGGAACUUGUUCCAAGUGUACACCAAUACAACAUCUACAGGCUUGUUUGACAACUUGAAGCCUCACUCUUGGUAUAGUCAAAUGACAUUUUCCACUACACUCAACAACUGGAUCGGUCUGUUGAUGGGCCCAAUGUUCACAGUUAUUGGGUCUGAGGUCCUUGUCGAUUGGCUAAAACACUCAUACAUCACCAAAUUCAACAGAAUAAAACCAACCAUUUACGGCAAGUACGUUCGGGUUUUCGCAACAGAUUACGUUAACAGUUUCCGGUCGAACCUCACUGCAUUGGACGAGUAUCCAGAAAUGCUUCUCAAACGUACUGGGUUGCCCGUGCUCACAUUAUCGAUUGUGUUUAUCAAGAUGUGCAUGUAUCCAUGGGUCAAGCAUUUUCUCCACAAUGAGACUACAGAAAGACUCAGUUUCCUUGGACUCCUGUUACUGCUGCUGAUUUUCUCGCUUAUCACGGUGGUUCGUCUGGUGUUAUCUCUGGGUCUUUUGCGGUGGUCGAACAAGAUUCUCCGUUCGCAGCAAACAAAGCAAGACUUUGUCCGAGGAGAUCCCAAUGUCACAUUAACAGACGUCAAGGAGCAAAGAACACAACUAUACGAAGCUUACGAAAAAGUUCCUCCAUCUUUGGAAGAAUUGAGACUGAAAAAAGGCGAACGCCUCGAUUCUGUUGUUCGCUUCGAUAUGGUUGAUAAACGCAUUUGGUGA